AUGCGGCUAGCUUGGUACGCAGGGGCCUCCACGGCCCUCGCGGCCGCUGUGGUUACGUCCGCGUUCUACCAGCGCUCCAACUUCUAUUCUGCGAUGGUGCAUCUCUCGCAAAGCAACUUCUCAUUAAUGGUUUUGAUUAACUUGGUCCUCGUCGUUUACACCACUUUCAUGUAUUUACUCCAACGGAUUUGCUUCGGCCCCCUCCGUGCCACUGAAAUCGAGCAGCUCUACGAAAAGGCUUGGUUCGCUGUCACGGAGACAUGCCUCGCGAUGACUGUUUUCCGUGAUGAAGUCGGCGCCUUUUUCCUCGUCAUGUUCACAGCUCUCGUCACCGGCAAGGUUUGGGGCUGGAUUGGGGAAGGCCGCGUAGAGGUCUUGGAGCAACAACCCCCGGCCAAUCCUCGACUGUUCCACACACGACUCGUCAUCUCGCUCUUCAUCAGUAUCGCCUACGACAUCUGGCUCCUCACUUACACUGUUAGAGCAGUGAUCCAACAAGCCCGUCCUACUAUGAUGGUUAUGUUCUUGUUUGAGUUUGCUGUUUUGACCAUUAGUUCGCUCCACACUGCCUCCCGGUACAUCUUCUCCUUGGUUGAGCAGCAAGCUAUUAAGAGGCAGACCCGCCAGCGCCUGGAGGAGAGACGUCGCCGCAUUAGGGAACAGCGGGCUGAGAUUCUCAGACGGAGGGACGCUGAAGGUGCAUCGACGGCCGACAACGAGCCCUUGCCAGACGAGAAUGAUAUUGAUGAGAUGGACAUCGAAGUUCCUGGCUGGGAAAACAAAGGCCAAUGGGUUCUUAUUUUGGAUCUGCUUGCAGACCUCAUCAAGCUUGGUAUUUACACGGCCUUCUUCCUCGUCCUCCUAAGAUUCUAUGGCCUCCCCAUUCAUAUCAUUAGGGAUUGGUUCAUGACAACCAGAUCGUUCUUGAAAAGGCUCCACGCUGUCAUUCGCUACCGUCAGGCGCUAAAGCAUAUGGAUCAGUACCCGGACGCCACUGCUGAAGAACUCGAACGGGAGGACACAUGUAUCAUCUGCCGAGAAGAGAUGCGACCGUGGGAUCCCAACGACUCUACGUUGGUGCAGCGCAGUCGCGCAAAGAAACUGCCUUGCGGCCAUGUGCUGCACUUCGGCUGUCUGAAGAGCUGGCUAGAACGUCAACAAGUCUGUCCCACUUGCCGGCGCCCCGUAACCCAACAGCGACAGCAACCGGCUGUUGUAAAUGGUAACGCUAUGGUAUUUAGACUUGGGCUCAAUCUCCCUGCUGGCCAAAACCAACCAGCUCAGCCGCCAGCCAAUAACGGCGGUCAGGUUCCUGGCGGUGACCGGCCAGCACAAGCCCCUGGGGCACCCGACCCACGGGCUAACAACCAGAACCGUAACAUUAGAAUGUUCAACCUGGGUCCUAUUAGGGUCGGUUUUGCUCAGGGAGGAGUCGAGGAACUUGGGGAGAUGGCCCAACGAUUGCAAAUGAUUCCUAAUGCUCCAAAUCCUCCUGUGCCGACGCCGAUGGUACCCGCACCACAAGCAACUGCACCUAACACCGGCAGCCUAAUCCCAGCGCUCGAUGACUUGCGUACUCAGCUCCUGACUCUCGGGCAGCAGGUGCGACAGGAGCUGGCAAACCUCAAUAACGCGGCUCAGGAGUUGCAAUACUUGAACGCCCUAAUGAACGAGAUCACCCGUCUCCGCCAGCAACAACAACAACAACAGCAGCAGCAGCAGCAGCAGCAGCAGCAGCAGCAGCAGCAGCAGCAGCAGCAGCAGCAGCAACAGUCGAGGAGUCACCAGCAAUCAACACAGAAUACUACUACGAAUUCUCCAAAUCCAGUUUUGCAUAUUCCACAACCUCAACAGGUAUUUACAUAUCCGUUUACUCAGCUUCAUGCCUCGUACCCAUUGGGGCCAAGGCAGGCUUCUGCCGUUGUCACCAGGCAUGUUAGCACUGCACAAGUGGCUCCUAUCCCAUCUGGCAGCCCUGAUCUGCCUGAAGGAGUGGUCAUCCCUCCAGGAUGGACUCUACUCCCCCUUCAGCGUAUGGACAUGGCUCAUCCAACAUCAGACGGUCCCCAAAACGCUGGACAAGCUUCUGUUUUGAAUCAACAGGAAAUCAUGCAACUCCUGAUUCCUCAAGCCCCGAAUAACUCUCAGUCUCAAGGUACUAGCCCAGCACGUGCUGAGAAUGGCCCAUCUGGACAAGCGGUAGAACAGAGGACAACGGAAAAUCCCCCCCCGGAGCCUUCCCGUACGUCAGAAUCAUCGGGUACCGCUGUGGACAGCGGAGAACAGAGACAAUUAUCUGCCUCACCCUCUGUGGCUGCGCCUACACCAGUAGCCCCAAUUUGGGGAGGAUCGGCACAGCUUUUUGGUGGCCGGUUCACAGUGCCUUCUGGGGCUCAAGGCACGUUGACACCAAGUUCCCAGACAAACCAGGGAGAGAGCAAUGAUGGGGGCCAACUCUCGAGUACGACUGCCAAUGGAGCUACGUCUGACAGCAAUGUCCAACCACAAAGCCGUCCCGAAGUUAAUGGCACCGCGGGCGAAGGCCAAAGAGGGCCAAGAGCGGUGACAGUGGAGGAUGUUGAUGACGAAGGUGAGGAAGACAGGCAAUAG